AGCUGAAGCCAGACAAACAAUACAAAACCCACUCUUAACUCACAGAGAAAAUACAAGUGAGACGUAUCACAAACAAAUUAUUAAAAAUUCCUUGGAAGCUCAAAAACACACAAAAAGAAACUCUCUCUCUCUCUCACUCUAAAUCGGCGCCAUGGCCGCUCUACAGUACUUGGAGACACUGCGCAACGCGCAUCCAGAACUUGACGAAUGGUACAACUCACUCGCAGAUCUGUACCAGAAGAAGCUCUGGCACCAACUCACUCUCAAACUCGAACAGUUUGUCGCUCUCGCAGUCUUUCAGGCUGGGGAUGCUCUUAUACAGUUGUAUCAUAAUUUUAUCACCGACUUUGAGACAAAGAUCAACCUUCUCAAGCUUGCACACUUUGCUGUUAUAGUUUCUCGGCAGUAUACAGAGAAAGAUGCUGCCAUUAGCUAUCUUGAAGGGGUGAUUGAAAAGCUUCGAGCAACUAGAGAACAGCGUAUAGAAGAACCAGUCCUUUACAUUAAGAUGCAAAUAGCCAUAUUCAAGCUUGAGCAGGGGGAUCAAAAGGAGUGCAAAAGGCUUUUAGAAGAUGGAAAGAGUACCCUUGACAGUAUGACUGAUAUUGAUCCGUCUGUGUAUGCCAGUUAUUAUUGGGUUUCAUCUCAAUACUAUAAACAUCGUCAGGAAUUUUCUGAGUUCUAUAAAAGUGCUCUUCUUUAUCUGGCAUAUACAUCAGUGGAGUCCCUCUCAGAUUCAUUUAAGCUGGAUUUGGCAUUUGAUCUCUCUCUUUCUGCACUUUUGGGUGAUAACAUCUACAACUUUGGAGAGUUGCUUGCGCAUCCUAUAAUAAAGAGCCUUCUGGGAACUCAGGUUGAGUGGCUGUACUACAUUCUCCAGGCAUUUAACUCUGGUGACUUAGUUCGUUAUCAAGAAUUGUGCCGUGUACACAAUGCUCCCCUGAAGGCCCAGCCAGCAUUAGUUCAGAAUGAGCCAAAGCUAUUAGAAAAGAUUAAUAUUCUCUGCCUGAUGGAAAUUAUCUUUAGCCGGCCUUCUGAAGAUCGAACUAUUCCAUUAAAAGUUAUUGCUGAGCGCACUAAGCUUUCCAUUGAGGACGUGGAGCAUCUUCUCAUGAAGAGCCUUUCUGUCCACCUUAUUGAGGGUAUAAUUGAUCAAGUUGAAGGAACAGUGCACGUUUCGUGGGUACAGCCAAGAGUUCUGGGGAUUCCACAGAUCAAAUCCUUGCGAGAUCGACUGGACAAUUGGUUGGAUAAAGUGCACACUGCUUUGUUAUCGGUUGAGGCUGAAACACCUGAUCUGGUUGCAUCAUGAUUUUUUCCCCAUCAUCUGGUUCUUGAUUUCCUUUCUGCCUACUGUAACAAUUUCGCAAACCAAAAGGCGAAUAAUGAUGGGUGGCUAAGUGGAGAGACUAGCAGCAAGUCUCAUGGGCAGUCAAGGCAAACUUUGUAUGCUUCCCUUUCAUAUUCCAGAAUCCUUUUUCGUGAAACGUCAAUUUUAUUUUUUAUUUUUUUUCUUAAAGGAGCAGCCUGUGUAAUUCUUCACUUAGGAUUUGUGGCUUAUAUAAGGUGGGGUCUGCCAAGAGAUAUGGUGAAUCAGAAGAACAUUCUUUCUUUCUA